GACAUUGGGGCCUUGCUUCCGUGGAUCCCGCCUGUUUAACUGUCAUUUCAUAUUUACAACUCCUGGGGUAUGACGAAUGGGGAGUUAUCGAAUGCAAUAACCCGAACGUUUCGCCAACCGGCGAACUUCCCGUUCUGAAAGAUGGCCUUGAGUGGGUCGCCGGUGUUUAUAACAUAAUAAGAUAUUUAAAAAAGAAGGGCAAAAAGCUGAUAGUUUGGCGUAAGCAUUGGGUUUCGUUAUUGAGGGAAAACAUUUACGAUUCUCUGGUGAGCACCGCUCUCAUGUCCACCGGAACCUUUCCAUCACGUUUACUAAUAAUGAAUUUCAUAAACCAACCGGACCCAGUUGUUCACGUGGUACGUCAAUUCCAAGAAUUACAUAGAAACAAUUCGCCCGCUUUACGCAAAAUUACUCCCCUUUCCAAUCCGAUAUAUCGUACCGACGCAACUGCGAGAUGCUGCAAAAGUCAGAUUGGAGAGAGCAAAAGGUUGCGACAACUGAAUCCUUCCUUCACUAGUAGAGCGUGCAAAAUUAAUCAUGAUCUUGUUUUUUGGGGGGGGUCUCAGAUGCACAAGGUCAUACAAGAGUCUUAUAACGUUUUAUUGAAGAAAAUAGGGGACAAGGAAUAUUUCUUUGACCGGUCAUCAACCAUAGACGCCGUGGCAUACGGUCAUUUGGCGUUACAUCUUUACGCUGAUCUCCCGAUCCCCGAUUUGCCUGAAAUUUUAAAUAACGAAUAUCCGCGUCUAGUGCAGUUUUGUCACCGCAUGAAAAGUCGACUAUCCUCGAGGCCAAUAAAUCAUCUACCAGCCACUGACCUUCCGUCGGUCUUCUCGGGAUUGAUAGGCUCUCCGCGAACCUGGUUCACUCGAACCUCUAAAACGGAGAGAGCAGAAGCUCAGAUCAAAUUCGAAAGAAAAAGAAAUCUAUCAAUCUUGGGGGCGAUCACCUUCGUUAUAAUUUAUGUGGUUUGGAAUGGGAUUAUCACUGUUGAAUGGGACGGUGUCGCGAACGACGAUGAUAAUGAAAACCACGAAAGUUUAAGCGGUCAGAAAUAG